CCCAACCCAACCCCUAACCUUCUUCCUUCUCUCUCCUUAUUUUUUUCAUCUGCUUUUUUUCCACCUAAAUCAAUUUUUUUAAAAAAACAAUUAAUUACAACAACAAGAAUCUCUUUUAAACUCUCUACAUUUCCAUUUCUGAAUCCUUCAGAUUGAAAUUGAGUUCAAGAUUCAUUUUGAAUCAAGAUUCCAGGUUGUGCUGAAGUCUGAGGGUUUGCCCAGUUUUGGAACUUGCAUAAUUUAACUUCGCAUGAACUGGAAGUGAGCUCUUUAUUAUGUCUGUAUUGAUUGAAGAUCUUCCAGAUGCUGUUGCCCUAAGGUGCCUCGCUCAUGUUCCAUUUUACCUUCAUCCCAAGCUAGAGCUUGUAAGUCGUACUUGGAGAAAUGCCUUUCGAAGCCGUGAGCUUUUCAUGGCGAGGGAAGAGGUCGGUUCAACUGAGGAAUUCCUUUGUGUUUGUGCUUUUGAGCCAGAUAACAUAUGGCAAUUGUAUGAUCCACUUCAUGACAUCUGGAUCACACUCCCUGUGCUCCCAUCAAAAAUUAAGCAUCUUGCUCAUUUUGGGACUGUCUCCACUGGUGGGAAGCUAUUUGUUCUUGGUGGUGGGAGUGAAGCGGUUGAUCCAUUGACCGGUGAUCAAGAUGGGAGCUUCGCAACCAAUGAAGUAUGGUCAUAUGAUCCUGUAUUGAGGAAGUGGGCUCAGUGCGCCUCCAUGGCAAUAGCUCGUGCAAUGUUUGCAUGCUGUGUCUUGGAUGGGAAGAUUAUCGUUGCUGGCGGUUUCACUAGCUGUAGGAAAUCAAUUGCUCAGGCUGAAGUUUAUGAUCCUGAGAUGGAUGCAUGGGUGUCGAUUCCCGAUCUUCCUUACACUCAUAACUCAGCAUGCACGGGAGUGGUGAUUGGAGGAAAAAUGCAUGUGGUGCACAAGGGGCUCUCAAUGACGCAGGUCCUUGAGAAGCCGACUGGUGGAUGGUUGGUAGAAGACCAUGAUUGGCUUCAGGGUCCAAUGGCAGUAGUGAAAGGAUCUCUAUACGUAAUGAGCCAUGGCCUUAUCUACAAGCAGGAAAGUUGUAAAAGAAAGGUCAUUGUUUCAGCAUCAGAGGUAAGAAAAAGAAUCGGGGUUGCAAUGAUUGGAUUAGGGGGAGAGAUAUAUGUAGUUGGAGGUGUGAUUGGUCCUGACCGAUGCAAUCGGGAUAUCAAGCCAAUGUCCGAUGUUGAUGUUUUGACUGUAGGAAGUGAGAGACCAAUCUGGCGUCGAGUCACUCCUAUGUCUAGGUGCCAUGGAACCAUACUUGGAUGUACACUCUUGAAAAUUUAGACAUUAUUUCAAGGAGAUUGUGCUCUGUUGCAAGAAUGGCGCCCUUUGUUUGAGUUUUGGCACCUUCGUGAUAAAUAGAAUGCAGGGGGAUGAGCUUCUUCUUCGUCCCUCUUUCAUUGUGCUGUAGCUCGUUUUUACGCAUCUUUUUGCUUGAUCCUGAUAUGCUGAAGUUUAUGUAGGCAACAGAUCAACAUGGAAUGUAAAGUUCCUUUAUAGAAGAAUUGGUCCAUUCUUUGAGUAAUUGAACAAUUACAAUUUGUUUUAGUUCCUUUGAUUGCUAAAUAUUGUUGGAUUGAAUUUUUUGGUUAAUUUUCUCCCCAUUUCCUACCAAUUCUUUCGCUGCUGUAUGCCAAUGCUACAUAUCUAUAUUCUGUAUAUACAAAUUAUUUUCGCUUUUUUUUUUUUUGUAGUUUUUAAACAAUCUAGUUAAAGCUUGUAAACCAAUACAAUACUAAAGCCUUAAUCCUAUCCUAACAAUAUGAGGUUAGGUAUUAUUAUUAUUGACUACUAUAUCAAUGCCAAACACAUAAUUCCAUAUUGUCAUCGACUAUUGAACUUUAAAAAUUAGCGUAUAUAUGGAAGUAUUCAACACAGAAAAGGCCAAAGAGCAUUAUUUUGUGG